AAAGCGCUCAUUCUCCCUCUCACAGGCAAAGAUAAAUGCCGUUACUCUAAACUGGAGAAAGCUGAUAUUUUGGAGAUGACCGUCAGAUUCCUGACUGAUACUCAAUCCACACCGGUCAAUAGCGCCGCUAGCUUUAAAGAGGGGUACACAGCUUGCCUCCAGCGCGUUUCAGCGCACCUUCCGCAAACCGGCCUCGACGCAGAAACCCGCCAUCGCAUCAACGAGUUCAUCCA